AUGCCAUCAAUACAAACAAACAUAAUCAUACAAGCACCACCAGAGAUAGUAAAGCAAAAGUUUUUUGACUACCAAUCCUAUCCCAGUUGGAACCCGUUUAUGGUGAGUUUCCAAAAGUAUACAAACAAGACAGAUCCACAGUUGAAUGAAGGGGAUGAAUUACAGAUUGAUUUGAAAUUAAAGGGGAUGAACCAUACAAGCACAAUGUAUCCCAAGAUCCUCCGCAAGACAGACCUGAGCUUAGUUUGGAAAGGUGCUUUGGUGUCGGAGUGGAUAUUCUACGGCACACAUAGUUUUGCAAUUGAACCAUUGGAUGGAGGGGUUCGUACGUUGUUUGUUCAGCUGGAGCAGUUUGGUGGAUUGUUGGUGUAUAUUCUCCAAUUGUUUGGUGUUUUCAGAAAGACACAAGAGUCGUUUAUCGAAUUUAAUGAGGCGUUGAAAGAUGAGGCGGAAAAGUUGGCACACCAGUGUUAG